AUGACGGCAGAUCUUGCUGAAAAAAGAAGGAAAAGUGAUGACGCAGAUGUGGGUGCAUGUAAGAAGGUUCAUGGAGUGGUAAGUCGAUCGUUAUAUGCCUACCUGGAGACGAUCGAUAGGAAAAAACUAGAUUUCGAUUUUGAGAAGGUUUGCAGUGUGACACUAUCACCAUUGAAUGUGUAUUGUUGUCUGGUCUGUGGCAAGUAUUUCCAAGGACGUAGACAGAAUUCACCUGCGUUUUUGCAUGCCGUAAAUGAGAACCAUCGUGUAUACAUCAACGUGAAAUCAUUGAAAGUAUACCUCUUACCAAACGGUGUGGAAGUAAAAGACGAAAAUAAAAUUGAGGCUAUUAACCAAAUACGCUACGCGAUUUCACCUACUUUCAGUGAGAAUGAGAUUAGGCAAUUUCCUCGAGACUGCUGGGAUUUGAACAAUAAUCACUACCUUAAUGGGUACGUUAGUCUGACUAAUACCUCCCGAAAUGAUUGUGCUAAUGUGGCAAUAAUGUUACUUGCACAUAUUAUUCCAAUAAGAGAUUUCUUAUUGUUGUUACCAUUAAGCGGUCUUACGCAGUUUUUAGAAAAGUUGUCAAUGCUGGUCAAAAAAGUGUGGUCCGUCAGCUUAUUCAAGCAGCAUGUUUCCGUUGAUGAGUUUUUGUCAUUUGUUGCCGUAACUUUUAAAGGUUCCAUUACUGUUCAGCAAGAUCCAAGAUAUUUUCUUCUGUGGCUCAUAAAUUCUAUAUCAAAGGUCUCUAAAGAGAUGAGAGAUUUGCUUGUUGAGAAUUGCCAAGGGAUAAUUGAAAUAAAUGAAACUUUUUUCAAGUCUGUUAAAGACGAUAAGGGCGAUGUUCAGGAGUUCAUCAGAGAUGAGGCCAAUCAAAAAAAUAUAGUCAGUCCUUUUUGGACGUUAUCGUUAGAUCUACUUCCGAAACCGGUGUUCAAAGACGGCCUUAAUGCAAAUUCCCUGCCUCAGGUACAGCUUGAAGAGUUAUUAAAGAAGUUCAAUGGUAGCAAUGAGCAUCAUUUACCUCAUUGCGUUAGGAGAUAUAAACUGAAAAAGCUGCCAAGGUAUUUGAUAUUGCAUUUUGACCGAUUUAACAAAAAGGACGAAACACCAGUCAAAUCAAGAAAUCAAACUUUGAUAGAAUUUCCAACUGAAUUGAAAAUCGGAGAACAUAAGUACUCUUUGGUGUCCAAUAUUGUUCAUGAAGGUGAAAAAGAGUCAACAAUGGGCACAACAAGGCUUGAGAGAGACGAAAAUUCUCAUUGGAAAAUCCAAUUGCGAUAUGCAACAUCAAGUAAGUGGAUUGAAAUCGAUAGAUCAGUGCUAAGAUUCAAAGAAAAGGAACUGCUUUUCUUGAGUGAGAGCUACAUGCAAGUAUGGAAGAAAAUAGAGUCCUGA